AUGGCUCCCCAACGAGUUGCGGACGCAGCCAACAUCUCCCCGUAUCCUUUCGUUGUCCGUCAAGGGCGCCCCGUGAUAGACCCAGUGCCGGAAAAUCCGGAGCCGCCGUCCAGGAGCAGCAAGAAGGCCAUGGCGAAGGCGAGGCGGGCGGCGGAGAGGAACGCCCGCCAGGAAGAGGAGAAGAGGUUCAAUACGGGACCCAGGAGCCUCCGCUUCCCACCUUCGAAUAAGGGCGGUCGUCGCUUCCGCCUCCCGGGAAGAGGGUAUGAGGAUCGAGGAAUUCCUGAUUAUCCUCCCCCAUCUUUUCAGGAGGCAAUGACGAGCCCGCCCAUGUCCGGGUGCUCCAGUACCACGUCGCUCGUCCAGCAACAGCAGGCGCCUAUGGCACCUCUCGUCGUCCCAGAGCGGAUUCCUGAGGUCGUCCUCGAACACACGCCAGAAGAGGCUGUGGAGCCCACUGACAAUGCUGCGAACACCAACGACACCAACGACACUGCAGGAUCCGAUGAGAACGAAUCGGACUCUGACGAGUCGAUAUUCAUCAUCGACAAGAACUCUGUCCCAGUUGCAUCCACCGAUCUUCCGAGAGGCGCUGCCCUCGAAGAGCGGGUCAAGAUGGACUGGAUCAAGCGCCGUGGUGUAGAGUUUCCCAUCGCUCCUUCACCCGAGCCUGUACGCAAGUCCAACGAAUCGCAGGAGGAUGCGUUCGGGACUCGUGGGCGAUCGACGACAAGGCUGCCUACUCUCAAAAUCGAUCCUGACCCUGUAGAGGGUGAGAACACUACCGGCGCUUCCUCACCAUCUACCAGCGCUAAACGCCGUUUCCUCUCCUUAUCCCCCCUCCGAACCAUCUUCCCACCUCGCUCUCCCGUUCAUCAAGACCGUGCCAUGUCAGCCCAUCCUUCCCCUUCCGCAUCAUCUUCUCCAUAUUCCGGUUCUCGUAUUUUCUUCCGCAGCACGACCUCCCUCACUACUGCGUCCUUCCUACGCCUACCGCUCUCUGGUUCAACAUUCGGUGGUAAGUCGGAAGUUUCCUUGACACGCAAGCUUUUCAGCCACAAAGGAAAGGAGCGCGCGAAGUAUCCGAGUAGUUAUAAUGAGCCAUGGGAAGUGGUGGAUGAGAGCGAGUGUGAUGACGCCGAUGAAGAAGACAUUAGACGCCGUCCAAGUCUUAUGGCUGCCGUCGAGGCCAUUUCCUCGAACACCUCAACUACAUCAGCGAGCCCUGGGACGUCCCCCACGAGGUGCCAAAGCUUCACCUUCGGCUCUUCACACGUCUCCGUCGACUCAAUGCGCACUGCGUUGCCCAAGGGUCCACACAAUCUUCCAGGCGACGUUCUCGCGCGCGAUUUCCAAGUACCCACAACAUCUGACUCACCAUCCGCAACGGUGAAAGUAUGGAAGGCCUCUUCCACGGCCUUCAUCGAUCGUCCCAUUAUUCGACGUCCUGCAGCUGCGAGCGAUCCACCCACCCCCACGUGCAUCCCGGAGGCACCGGAAAUGGCGAGAACACCUACACCUCCUCCUGCCGCCGUACACUAUCAAGACAAUGCGCCGUCGACGUUGCAACUUAUCGCAGGAACUCCGUUCUCCUCCGUCCGGAGCCGGACGAACGCGACACCUUCUCUUACUCCACCGCCCUCACUUUUGACAAAGCAAUAUACAGCCCACGGACCCUCACCUCUGCGCGCAGGGAACGCCAAGCUGAAUAUCACAAUUGUGAGCGACCAGCAGGCAAUGGCAGCGGCCGCGAUGCACCAGCGCGCUUUAGAGACGCCGCUCCCUUCGACGCCCGAGUUCCAGACCCAUUUCGACUACGGGUCCCCAGCGGCCUCCCGCAGCCUUAUGGCGGUCCCCCCUACCAUCCUCCCUCCGCCUUUGGUACCAAGUCCCCCACCCGCGCCGGUAGCGGCCCGAUCGGCCCUCGAUUUAUUGUCCGAUUUGAACUCCGCGCCUGCGCCACUCGCCCAGCCAACAUGCCUGUGUCGCUCGGCGUCGCCUCCAGCGGUGUUGAACGUCUCCGUGCAUCCUUCUGGCAACCAGCUCGUUAAGAAGAGCAAUAGUUCGGGCUCUGUGGAAGAACAGCCACCGAUGACGCCUACGAGGCACCACUAUGUCGGACGCCCUCUUCCUCGCCCACCGCCAUCGACACCGCCUUCCACGCGUGCGGGGACUGUUGAUUCAACGUAUGCAGCACCCGAGGGUUCUCCUGAAUGGAACGUGGAUAGUGAGGGAGGAACUGCUCCCCGUAGGCUGAAGGCUUGUCCAGAGGGGCUGCUGAUCGACUUGGAGGAUACAUCGUUGGAUGGGUUCUCGGCGAGCGGGACGUCCACCCCACGUUCAGACGAGGGGCGCUGGAGAUCGCAGUCGCACCUGCAUCUCCCGAUGGAUCCCUCUGUAGCCUCUCUUGUCGACCUCAGCCCGGAGCCUCCAGCAUCAGCACCCGCAGAGUUGUCCUCCCUUUCGUUCGCAUCGAUGCAGGCGACGAGCACCCCGCUCUUCCCAACGGCGCCUGGACUGAACAGGUCGCCAUACGCGCAGCAUACCAGCCCGAGCCUCGCAGACCUCACAGAUCUCGAUCUGCUGGUGUCUCGCUUGGAGGAUGGGCAGCGCGAUGGGACCGACUACGAAGUGAGUCCUACAGGUCGUCAAGCCUGGCGCGACCGCAGCCUCAACGUGCACCCCUACGCAGACCCUGCUCCUGGUCUCCGAGAUAAUUGGGCCCGCGAACCCGCUUCAGCUGUCACAGGACUCGACAUCAGCCCAUCCCCACGCGUCGUCAACGUCAACGUCGUCUACCUCCCCGAGAGCCAGUACCAGCGACAGCACCAACAUGUCGCUCGUUGGGCGUAUUGA